CUAUUUGAAAUCCUCUCUCUUGCAGGUGUUAGGCACAUUGCCUGAGAAUUGUUUGGUUGGAUUGAUAACCUUUGGUUCAUAUGUGCAAGUUCAUGAGCUGGGCUUUGGGCUGAUUCCAAAGGUUUAUGUGUUCAAAGGGUCAAAGGAAGUCACUAAAGACCAAAUUUUGGAACAGAUGGGUUUCUUUUUAAAGAAACCAAAGCCAACUACUGGGGUCAUUGCUGGGGCAAGAGAUGGGCUUUCACAAGAGAGUAUUUCAAGGUUUUUGCUGCCAGCAUCUGAGUGUGAAUUUACACUAAAUUCUAUAUUGGAAGAGCUUCAAAGAGAUCCUUGGCCUGUGCCUGCAGAUAAACGGGCAUCGAGGUGCACUGGCACUGCUUUGAGUGUGGCUGCCCAUUUAUUGGGAGUAUGUGUUCCUGGUUCUGGGGCUAGAAUCAUGGCAUUUCUAGGUGGGCCCUCAACAGAAGGGCCAGGUGCUAUUGUUUCAAACACCCUAUCUGAACCUAUACGGUCCCACAAGGAUUUGGACAAAGACUCUGCUCCAUUAUAUCACAAGGCAGUAAAAUUCUAUGAAGCACUUUCGAAGCAGCUUGUACACCAAGGGCAUGUACUUGAUGUUUUUGCUUGUGCGCUGGAUCAGGUUGGACUUGCCGAACUUAAAGUAACGAUUGAAAAGACUGGAGGGCUUGUUGUAUUGGCUGAAAGUUUUGGCCAUAAAGUUUUCAAAGAUUCAUUGAGACAAGUGUUCCAGCCGGGAGAAAACGAUCUCGGACUAUCAUCAAAUGGCAUUUUUGAGAUUAACUGCUCAAAAGAUAUCAAAGUUCAUGGAGUCAUCGGUCCUUGUGCAUCACUUGAAAAGAAAGGUCCUCUCUGCUCUGAAACUGUUAUUGGUCAGGGAAAUACAACAGCGUGGAAAAUGUGUGGUCUUGAUAAAACCACUUCCUUGUGUCUUUUAUUUGAGAUUAGCAAGAAGGAGAAUCCGGAUGCUAUUGCUCAAUCUGCAAACACACAGUUUUUUUUCCAGUUCUUGACAUAUUAUCAGCAUAAAAAUGGACUGAUGAGGCUUCGUGUUACUACACUCUCAAGACGAUGGGUUUCUGGACCUGGAAGCAUACAGGAGCUAAUUGCUGGAUUUGAUCAAGAAACUGCUGCUGUAGUAAUGGCACGCCAAGCCUCAUUCAAAAUGGAAACUGAGGCUGAGUUUGACCCUAUAAGAUGGCUGGAUAAGUCUUUGAUACACAUGUGCUCCCGAUUUGGUGACUACCAAAAGGAUAGCCCUUCGUCUUUUAGUCUCUCUCCUCGUUUCUCAAUAUUCCCACAAUUUCUUUUUCACCUACGGCGGUCUCAAUUUGUACAGGUCUUCGGGAACAGCCCAGAUGAGACAGCUUAUUAUAGAAUAAUUCUGAAUCGGGAGAAUGUUUCAAAUUCUGUCGUGAUGAUUCAGCCGUCAUUAAUCUCCUACUCUUUUCAAUCUGGUCCUGAACCGGUUCUUCUUGAUGUGGGAGCAAUUGCUGCUGACAGAAUUCUUCUUUUGGAUUCUUACUUUACUAUUGUUGUCUUUCAUGGAUCAACCAUUGCUCAAUGGCGAAAAGCUGGAUACCAUGAACAACCUGAGCAUCAGGCAUUUGCUCAGUUAUUGAAAUCUCCCCAGGAUGAUGCAGAAUCAAUCAUCCGGGAAAGAUUCCCAGUGCCUCGCCUUGUCAUAUGUGAUCAGCAUGGAUCCCAGGCUAGGUUUUUGUUAGCGAAGUUGAAUCCUUCUGCUACGUACAACUCGGAAGCCCCUCCUGUUCCUGGAGGGGAUAUUAUUUUCACUGAUGAUGUUAGUUUUGAAGUCUUUUUAGAUCAUCUUCAGCGUCUGGCUGUUCAAUAGAGAUUCAUUUUUCUCCUUUUACAUUUUCUUACGUAGGGGGACUCAAUUUGUAAGGUUUGCUUUGAAUUGAGUGUACAGUGAUGCAUAAGACAUUUUAUUAAGUUAGGAGGGUAUCUGGAGUAUGGAAUUUGAAGGGUUUUUUAGAUUUAUAAAUUUUGUGUUGCUUUAAGGUAAUUGAGUUUUGUGCUUCGUAAAUAAUAAA